AUGUCUGCUCCCGUUAACCCCAAGGCUUUCCCUCUCGCCGAUGCCGCUUUGACCAGCACUAUCCUUGAUCUCGUUCAACAAGCCUCUCACUACAAGCAAUUGAAGAAGGGUGCUAACGAAGCUACCAAGACCUUAAACAGAGGUAUCUCUGAAUUCAUUGUCAUGGCUGCUGAUACCGAGCCUCUUGAAAUUCUCCUUCACUUGCCUCUUCUCUGUGAAGAUAAGAACGUUCCUUACGUUUUCGUUCCUUCCAAGACUGCUCUUGGUCGUGCUUGUGGUGUUUCUCGUUCCGUCAUCUCCGCUUCUAUCACCACCAACGAAGCCUCUGAUCUUAAGCCUCAAAUUCUUAGCAUCAAGACUCAAAUUGAAAAGCUCCUCAUCUAA